UUUUUUCUGUCUUCUUCGUCAACUUUUGUGCUCUCAUUGAUUUAAUCGAUACUCAUCACUCUAUAAUCUACACACACUGACACACACAUUGUUUUUGUGUUGAACCACACCACAGCAAGAGAACGCAGAAGGUUUUUCUCAGCAUUUGAAACUGCAUGGAGAAUGAUGAUGAAUGGGUCAUGGUGGGACGGCAAAGAGAGAAAGAUUUGUGGCAUCCAAGUGGUCACGUAGACCGAAUAUCGGACGAGAGCAAGGCUCUUAAGGUGAGGUUUAAUGGACCAGCAGAGUACUGGACUGAUGCUCUUCCUAUUGGCAAUGGCCGUCUUGGUGCUAUGGUUUGGGGUGGUGUACUCUCCGAGACUAUAAAUCUUAAUGAGGAUACACUUUGGACUGGGAACCCUGGCAAUUACGCAGAUUCAAAUGCUCCAGAGGUGGUUUCGGAGGUUAGGGGACUAGUUGAUGCUGGAAAAUAUGCUGAGGCAACUACAGCAGCCGCGCCAUUGUUGGGCAAACCUACCGAGGUUUACCAGCUUGUUGGGGACCUAAAGAUAGACUAUGAUGAUUCUCAUGCGGCAUACGACAAAUCAAGCUAUCAGAGAGAGCUGGACCUAGAUACUGCAACUGUAAAAGUACAAUAUUUUGUAGGUGAUACAGAGUUUACCCGGGAACAUUUUAUCUCGAAUCCAGAUCAAGUAAUUUUGAUGAAGAUCUCUGGAAGUAAAUCAGGGUCUUUGUCUUUUACCGUAUAUCUUGACAGCCUGCUAAAUCAUGAACUGCAAGUAAGCACCACAAAUCAGAUUAUUAUGAAAGGAAGUUGCCCUGGCCAAAGAACUCCACCAGAACUGAAUGACAAUCCUCAGGGUAUUCAAUUUUCUGCAGUCCUCGACGUGCAAAUCAGUGAAAAUGCUGGUAAAUUAUAUGCUUUGGAAGGCCAGAAGCUUAAGGUUGAGGGUGCAGAUUGGGCUAUUAUGCUCCUGGCUGCAUCUUCCUCAUUUAGUGGGCCAUUCACGAAGGCCUCGGAUUCCAAGAAGGAUCCUACUCAGGAAUCUCUGAAAACAUUGAAUUUGAUAAGAAACUUCUCAUAUACUGAGCUUCUUGCUCGCCACUUGGAUGACUAUCAAAAUCUGUUUCACCGCGUUUCCCUCCAGCUUUCAAAAAGUUCUAAGACUGUUGCAAAAGACGGGCCUUUGGUCACGGAUAAAUAUCUAAAAGACAGUGGAGAUGAUAGAGUUUCAACUGCUCAGAGAGUUGAAAAUUUCCAAAUUGAUGAAGAUCCAUCCCUGGUGGAGCUCAUAUUUCAAUAUGGUCGAUACUUGCUUAUUUCUUGUUCACGACCUGGAACUCAAGCAGCAAAUCUGCAGGGGAUAUGGAACAGUAAUAUCCAACCACCAUGGGACUGUGCUCCUCACUUAAAUAUCAAUCUCCAAAUGAACUACUGGCUCUCACUUCCCUGCAACCUUAACGAGUGCCAGGAGCCAUUGUUUGACUACAUGUCCAGUUUGUCGAUCAAUGGAAGUAAAACUGCAAAGGUGGACUAUGAAGCUAAAGGUUGGGUUGCGCAUCAAGUGUCUGAUAUAUGGGCAAAAACAUCCCGUGAUCGAGGAAAGGUUGUGUGGUCUUUAUGGCCCAUGGGAGGAGCUUGGCUUUGUACCCAUCUCUGGGAGCAUUACACCUUUACAAUGGACAAAGAUUUCCUGGAGAAAGUAUUCAGCUUGCUGGAAGGAUGUGUGUCAUUUCUCUUAGACUGGUUAAUUGAAGGCCGUGGUAUAUAUCUGGAGACCAACCCAUCAACGUCUCCAGAACAUCCAUUUAUCGCUCCUGAUGGUCAGCCUGCUAGUGUAAGCUACUCAACAACAAUGGAUAUGGCAAUCAUUAGAGAAGUGUUUUCAGCCUUUGUUUCUGCAGCAAAGAUCUUGGGGAAAAGUGAGGAUGAUCUGGUCGCCAAGGUCCUUGAAGCUCAACCACGGUUAUACCCAACAAAAAUUGCUAGGGAUGGUUGUAUAAUGGAAUGGGCACUAGAUUUUCAGGAUCCCAAAGUGAGCCACAGACAUUUAUCGCACCUAUUUGGUUUGUUCCCAGGCCAUAGUAUCACUCUGGAGAAAAAUCCCGGCCUUUGUAAAGCUGCUGAGAACAGUAUCUACAAAAGAGGAGAGGAUGGUCCGGGGUGGUCAACUAUGUGGAAAGCUGCUCUGUGGGCACGUCUUCAUAACGGCGAGCAUGCAUAUAGAAUGGUUAAGCAUUUAAUUCAAUUAAGAUAUCCUACUGAAACCAAUUUUGAGGGAGGACUUUACAGUAACUUGUUCGGAGCACAUCCACCUUUCCAGAUAGAUGCCAAUUUCGGUUUUCCUGCAGCAGUAUCUGAAAUGCUAGUACAGAGCACAUUACAGGACCUGCACUUACUUCCAGCUCUCCCUCGAGAUAAAUGGCCAAAUGGUAACAUUAGAGGCUUCAAGGCACGCGGUGGUCUGACAGUUAACAUCUACUGGGGAGAAGGGGAUCUUCGCGAAGUUGGUCUUUGGACAAAUCACUCAGAUUGUACCACAAGAUUACACUACAGAGGAACUAUAGUCACCAUAAUGCUAUCCCACAGCAGAGUUUACACAUUCAAUUACCAGUUGAAAUGCAUAAAGUCCUGUGCGUUCUAGAAGACAAAAUUUAGGGACUGUUUGGUUUAUGAUUAAUGAGCCCGGUUAAUCGGAUCAGAAUCUCGAACUGUAAGAACUUGUUACUUGUGUUCAUCGCUAUGUGAUUGUGUUCACUUUGUCAGGAUGCUAUGAUGUAAAAUAAAGCAACAUUUAUACAGCAGCAUGUUACACGGA